AUGAUAUCGACCAGUCACAUUCUACCAAGGAUUACUGCCAAGUCAUCCAUUACCGCUUCAGCCACAAGAAAUAUGUCAUUAUUUUGGAAGGUGUUGGGUAUGGAUGAUUCCAAGAAUAAGGAAAAAGAACGUCCAGUAUAUAACUGGGAUGAGUCUCCAUAUGAAGACAUACGUGAAAGAGCUGCAUUAAUUAGAGCCAAGGCGUUAUGUCCAGUUACUCAUAAACCAGUCAAUUUUGUUUGUCCAUAUUCGGGUAUCCCAACACAUCAUUCUAAAGAAGCUUGGGAACAAGAUAAAGAGUAUCAUGAAUUGAAGAAAUAUGAAAAAUUAAAAAAAGUUAAUCUUUAUGAACAUGAUUUAAGAUCUGGUAGACAAUUCACUGAAUUUGUAUUCCCAAAAGCACAAGAAAGAGAUUUCUUGGUAAAUUUAAGUAACUGGGAUUCCUUUUUCUAUACCAGAGAUUUCCCACCAAUGAAUGAUGAAUUCAAUUUGGCAGCAGCUACAAAAGUCAUGACUUAUCCAACCACAAUUUCAUCACUUUUAUUCAAACAUACUCCAUUUCUUUUGGAACCAAAGGGACCUUUAACUCUUGAAGGUGCCAAAUCAUUGGGUGCUUUGAAAUAUUCUUUGUAUCCACCACAACUCGGUAAGAGCUCUGGUACUGCCAACAAUUCAUCUGAAGAAGAUGAUGAAACUAUUUAUAAAGAAAGACCAAUGAGAUUAUUCAUCAUUGGUCCAAAGAUGGAAUCAUUACUUCCAGGAUAUGUUUGGAAGCAAAUGGGUUACUUAUUCCCAAAUACAGAAUUUGAAAUUCACCUCAUUGGACCAGAAGCACACUAUGAUAGAAAGACUAUGAAAUUCAGCAAGAUUGACAACUCCAAUGGUAGAGCUUUGGUUGAAAGAUUUGAUCCACAAAUUUCUGUACAUAAACAAACCAUGUAUUGGGAAGAUGUAUUUGCCAUGGGUGAUUUAUAUCCAUUUGAUCCAUACUUGGACUGUUUCUUCUUGUUCCAUCCAAACUUCAACUCAGUAGAUUCCAUCCAUUGGGAAAAGACCAUUGCCACUUUAUUAGAAACCAAGUGUCCUAUUUUCAUUACUGGAUAUAAUAAAGAAGACUCUACAAAGAAUUACAAAUGGGUUACUGAGAAAUUCUCUGAAGACCUUGAUAUCUUGAUGCACGAGUGUGAAAAUCCAUUUUCUUGUACAAAAUACGAUCUCAUGAAUACCGAUCCAACAAAUCCAUUACAAUUGAACAAUCAAUUGUUCGGUAUCAGAGGUAAGAGAUACUACAUAGACGUGUAG